UCAGCUGAUGCAAUUGAAUUUUGCGUAGAAACGUCCGCAGUAUAAUGUCUAUUACAAUUAAAACUUGCUUUUACUUGAACAACGAAAACAAUUAAAUGAAACUUCUGCGAAACUGAAAGCAACAUACCACAAUUUGUAUCAGGGGCAUUUAGGUCUGAGUAUUUUGUUUUGACAAAUGGCUGUACAGUUGGUAAGACUACUGUGCAGUGGAUGCAGUGUUUGUGGCGAUGGAGGAUUACUCAGCUACGCUAGAAAAUAUUAUACAUAAAGCAACAAACCCCAGUAAACUUGUACACGACACACAGGCCAUAUAUGAAGCAUGCAAGUUUCUGGAAAGAGAAACAUUUUGUGCACACGAAGCAACACGCCUACUUGCAGCGAAAAUUCAGUCACCUGAUGAAAAGGAAGCCAUGCGUGCUCUGGUGGUUGUAGAUACGUGUAUGAGGCAUAGUGGACCAACAUUUCAAGCGGAAGUUGGGAAGUUCAGGUUCCUGAAUGAAAUGAUUAAAUUAGUAUCGCCAAAGUAUCUUGGGGCUCACACAUCUCCUGUAGUGAAGAAGAGAGUGCUGCAGCUAAUGUAUAUGUGGACAAAAGAGUUUCCCCAUGAGACAAAAAUCCGUGAAGCUUAUGAAAUGCUGAAGAAACAAGGUGUGAUAAAGGAAGAUCCUCCUCUUCCUAUUUACCAAACUGACAGUGCAGUAAGUCCAACACCAGCUCCAGCACCACCACCACCACCAAGAACAAAAAAGUCUAUUUUUGAUGAUGAUGAACAGUCACGGCUGUUGCAAAGGUUGCUGCAGAGCAAGAACCCUGAUGAUUUGCAGGCAGCUAACAGACUUAUCAAAAACAUGGUGAAAGAGGAUGAAAGAAGACUUGAAAUGACCAACCGUUGUAAUAAUGAAAUAGAGUCUGUACACAGCAGUGUUAGAUUACUAUCAGAAAUGCUGGACUCUUACAAGCCUGGCGAGACUUCAGAAGAGGAACUUGAACUUAUCAAGGAGUUGCAUCAAAGCUGUAAUAAUCUACGAACAAACUUAUUUCGCUUUGCAACAGAGAUACACAACAAUGAACAUCUUCUCAACAAAGUACUUCAAGCAAGUGAUGCUCUGGGUCAUGUGUCGGACAAAUACAAUGCCAUAAUUGUUCAAGGUGAACUGCCUGAAACCAAAAGUACGUCUUUGCUGGAUCUCAGCACACCAAGUGAAGAAAAGCUCCCACCAGUACCAACGGAACUUCUUGGCAAACAACUUGCUGAUUUGGGUAUUGAUGUAGAGCCACCAAAACAGUCUGCAAAUACACCAAACGCAUCAGUUACACAAUCAAACAUAGAAGUACUCGGAGAUAUAUUUGGUGGUGCAGAUAUUGCACCUAAACCUCUUCCUGUUCUGCAGCCUGUCACACUCCAACAGCAGACGCAUAAAAUCUCUAAUUUGUUGGAUCCUCCUGAGAAGCCCAGUAAACAAAAGGCAUUGGAGGAUCUCGAUGUCCUGGGGGAAACACUUCUUAAACAGAGUUUGCCUGCUACAUCCAAAAUUGGUUCACAAUUUUCCAAGCCACCAGCGAAAAUACCCAUGAAUUUGCUGAGCAGACAGCAAGAUGCGGCAAAGCCAGACAAUAUCACAACAUCAACACCCAUCAAGAAGAGUGGCAGUGACAAUUCAUCGGGUGUAUUAGAUUUGGAUCUUCUUACUGGAGAACCGGUGAAGCCCUUAGAAAAAGAUUCUGUGCAGAAAAUGGAGAGCAGAACAUUAGAUCUACUUAAUGGUGAUGAUACGAUGGUAGAUAUUAGUGAAGAAACACCAGUACAUUCUUUCUCUGAAAAUAACAAAAAUGACAGUGAUGACCGGCUAAGUGUUAACUCAGUAGAUGAUAAAUCUCACAGGACUAGCACAGAAAGUGUAAAUAUCUGUGAACCUAAGCAAAUUGAAGUGAAACCCUUGAAUGACAUCAAUGUUUCUUUGGACAGUAUAAAACCAGGAUCAGUCCCACCGCUGACUGUGCUGGAUGAGAAAAACGGUGUCUCAGUUAUACUUCAUUUUGCAAAAGAUAGACCACGAGAAGAUGUAUCAGUUGUUGUUGUGACAACCAUAAGUAAAAAUCCAUCACCACUAACUAACUACCUGUUCCAGGCCGUUGUUCCCAAGUCGUGCAAGUUAAGGCUUCAGCCUCCAUCUGGAUCUGAACUUCCUGGGCACAGCCCAUUUUUGCCACCUUCCGCCAUCACGCAAGUCAUGCUGAUUGCAAAUCCAAGAAAGGAACCAGUUUCCCUGAAAUUCAUGAUAAGUUAUUCAAUGGAUGAUGACACUAUAACUGAAAUGGGUGAAGUAGAGCAGUUGCCAUCUGAAGUGCAGUGACUUCAAAAAUAUAUAAAAAACUAUCAUAAUGAUGAGAAAUUAUAUUAUUUGUUGGAAUCUGCAUGAGUAACAUCAAGGCUGGAAUUUAUGUUGGCUGUUUGUUCUGCAGUGCUGUUGUAUGCUGUACAUAAAAAAUUAAUGAGGUUAAAUAUGUAUUUUUAUUGCUGCAUCAAACCUUAUUGAUAAUAGUUUCACAAAGACUGUAACACACCAAAACAAAGUGUAAUUUUUAAGUGUAAUCCAUGUACAGCCACCUAAACUACAUAAAUUUUCGUCUACACUGUAAUAUUUUAGAAACGGUAGCCAUAACUGUACUUGAGCUAUUUAUGAAAUAUGUUAUUUGUUGUUGAAUUUCGUGGAGGUGCUUCAUCUAUGCUGUGUCUGCUUCACUACUCACUUCUAUUUUGUUUCAGCAGUCUUCUUUUCUUGUAGUAGUGCCACAAUCACAGGAAACAGUAUUUACUUAACAGCCAAUGAGCUAUAACACCUUAAAUUUGUUUUUAAAUGUGUUAUUUAAAGCUUUACUCUGAAUUGGCUUUAUAUUAGUUGUCAUGUCAUUAAGUGACAGAAGACACUCAACAAUACCAUGGUGGUAUAUUUUUGCAGCCAUCGGAGCAGUUUCUUAUUGCCGUGUAGUUAAAUUAUUGUUUACAACUUAUUGUAAAAUUUACUACAAUUUAUGUGACCUUGUUGAAGCAUUGUAGCAAUGCUUGUA